AUGGAGUACUUCAUGGAUCCGCGUGAGUCGGUCCUCAAGAUCGCGGAAGCGAUGAACGCUGCGGUCAUCGGCCAGCAGGAGGUUGUAGAACGAAUUAUCAUCGCACUGCUUGGCAAUGGUCACGUGCUUAUGGAAGGUCUGCCCGGCACCGCAAAGACUCGUAGCGUAAAGACACUUUCCAAGCUGGUAGAAAGCCAGUUUGGCCGCGUACAGUUCACGCCAGAUCUACUGCCUUCCGAUGUAACCGGCUCGGAAAUCUACCACGAACAAGACGGUACUUUUGUCUUCCAGCCAGGUCCAAUCUUUGCCAACCUGGUGCUGGCCGACGAAAUCAAUCGCGCUCCGGCAAAAGUUCAAUCAGCGCUACUGGAAGCGAUGGAAGAGCGGCAGGUUACCGUCGCUUCGAAGACCCACACGCUGCCCGAGCUUUUCCUGGUACUCGGCACACAAAACCCCAUCGAGCAAGAAGGCACUUAUCCCUUGCCCGAGGCCCAGAUGGACCGCUUCCAGCUCUACGUUCGCGUCGACUACCCGGCGGGUGAAAACGAAGCGGCAAUUCUGCGGCUGGUUCGCGGAGAAAAGGCAGGCGAUUCCGCCACCCCCCCUGCCCCGGUUUCUCAGGACGUCAUCUUCGAGGCCCGCAAGCAAGUGAAUGCCGUGCACGUUGCCGAGGCCGCUGAGCAAUACAUCGUCGACCUCGUUCUGGCCACGCGUCAUCCUGAGAAAUACGAAGGCAACCUGCCGAAGUGGAUCCGACUUGGGGCCAGUCCCCGCGGAACGAUCGCACUCGAUGCUGCCUCUCGGGCGCACGCUUGGCUUGAAGGCCAAGAUUUCGUAUCGCCCGAGAACAUCCGAGCGGUGGCCCCGGCUUGCCUUGCCCAUCGGGUGCAUCUCACUUACGAAGCCGAAGCCGCGGGAGUAACGCGGACGCGAGUGAUUGAAGAACUGCUCAAACAGGCCGAUGCACGUGGCUUCUCGCUGCUGCCCCGUCAGCCCGUGGGCUCGUUGUUGGCAGGCCGGCACGCUUCGCGACUUCGCGGCCGUGGGCUGACCUUCGAAGAACUUCGCAACUACCGCCAAGGCGACGACAUUCGCAUGAUGGAUUGGAAGGCAACCGCCCGCCUUCGCUCGCCGCAGGUGCGCGUUUAUUCGGAAGAACGCGAACGGCCCGUGCUGCUCAUCGUCGACCAGCGAACCACCAUGUUCUUCGGAAGUCGACGUGCUAUGAAAUCGGUCGCCGCCGCCGAGUUGGCUGCGCUCGGAGCAUGGAAAGCACUCGAAGGAGACGACCGUGUCGGUGGACUGGUUUUCAACGAUCACGAAGUCAUUGAAGUCCGACCGCACCGCAGCCAAACACGCGUAUUGCAACUACUCCAUGAAGUCGAGCGACAUAACCAGAUGCUGGACUCACCAACUCCGCCGAAGGGAGCUGUAUCGCUGAAUGAUGCCCUGCAGCGAGCUUUGCACGUUGCCAAGCACGACCACCUGGUAGUGCUCAUUAGCGAUCUCGACGGUGCCGACAAAGAAACGCAACAACUAGCAACACGCCUUGCAACUCACAACGAUGUGUUAGUCGUCGCCGUCUACGAUCCCCUGGGCGCCUCGCUUGUCGGUGCCCGUCCUGCCGAUCUCAACGGCAAGACCGAUUCCAGAACAAGUACGUUCUCUGCUGGGAAAUCGCCCGAGAAUGUCAUGAACGACAACGCAACCAGCCUUGAGAACCUGCAUGACAUCGUAAGCCCUCCACCAGUCCCGUGGUGGCCCCCUGCUCCUGCUUGGUACGUUGUGCUGUUGCUGGCCCUCUGCGUGCUCUUCUGGGUGGGGCUGCAUUACUGGAAUCAAUGGCGAGCCAAUGCUUACCGUCGAGCAGCCCUCCGCGAACUGAACGAUGCACGAACCGCUACGGCCAUUGCUGAACUUUUGAAGAGAACCGCUUUAAGCAUCGCCCCUCGCGAAUCGAUCGCCUCGUUGACCGGCCCGGAAUGGAUCGGGUGGCUCUCGAAUACGGUGCCCAAACAAAUGCCGGACGAGGUUCGCCGGCAGUUAACCAAUGACAUCUACUCCGCUGGCGGAAGCCCAUCGGAACUCAUAUCACUUCGGGCGUACGCCGCGGCGCUUGGUCAACAGAAUAAGGUCGAUGCCCCACGAGAAAAGCCGUACCGGUUGAUCAUUCCCGCCAUCGUUUGGGUGUUGGUUAUUGCCGCACUGGCCCGUCCACAGCAGAUCGAGCCCCCGAUAACCAAGGAACUUCCUGCGCGAGACCUCCUACUGCUGGUCGAUCUCUCCAGUUCGAUGGGUCAAGAAGACUUCACCAACCAAGCUGGCCAGAAAGUCGAUCGACUGACGGCCGUGAAGGAAGUGUUGGGCGAUUUUCUCGAACACCGCCAGGGAGACCGCGUCGGGCUAGUCGUGUUCGGCGAUGCUCCUUACCUCCAGGCGCCCUUCUCCACCGACCUGGAACUGGUUCGAAAGCUGCUCGACGAAUGCGCUGUGGGCAUGGCCGGACCACGCACGGCCUUCGGUGAUGCAAUCGGGCUAGGUGUAAGUCUGUUCGAUCAAAGCGAAGCCCCUGCGAAGACGAUCAUCGCGCUCACCGAUGGCAACGACACCAAGAGCCAUGUCCCUCCGGUUGAAGCAGCUCGAGUCGCUGCCCAACGCGACAUUCGCAUUUAUACCGUGGCGAUUGGCGACCCAACCACGACCGGAGAAGACAAGCUUGACGAACAGGCCUUAAAAGACGUUGCCUCCGCGGCCGAUGGGUCGUACUUCUUUGCGGCCGAUCGCGAGAGCCUGCAAGGCAUCUACGACGAACUCGAUAAGAUCGAGACCCGAGAGGUCAAAACCGUCAGCCAUCGCCCACGGAAAGACCUCUACUACUGGCCGUUAGCCCUGGCUCUGUUCAUUUCGCUUUUACAGAAGGCCUACACGUUGAUCGCUCAUCGCCAGACUGGGCGUAUGAUCGGCGCACUGACCAACUUGCACUUCAUCCGCCCGUGGUGGCUUGCCUUGAUCCCCGUGGUCCUAGGACUGUGGUGGCUGUGGCAACGCAAUGCCGAUCCCUUGCGUGGCUGGCGUCAACAGAUGGAACCAGAAUUCCUCCAAGCACUUGUCGUGGGCCGCCAACGCAAGGGAACAUUUGUCUCAUACCUGCUGCUGGCAGCUUGGCUGUUGGCGGUCCUGGCAAUCGCAGGCCCCACGUGGCGAUUGGAGCCCAACCCCUUCGCCGACGAUGCAGAGCCGCUGAUGAUUCUGCUCAAGGCCGAUCAGAGCAUGAAUCAGCCGCCACCCUCGCCCUCGCGAAUCGAGCGAGCCCAUCUAAAAAUCGCCGACCUAGCCAAGGUACGAAAGGGGCAACCGCUGGGGUUGAUCGCCUACGCAGGCUCAUCGCACAUGGUCCUGCCACCAACACGCGACACCGAAAUCGUGGCAGAAAUGGCCGACGAAAUCAGCCCCGAGAUCAUGCCCGAGCCUGGAGACCGUCUCGAUUUGGCCAUCAUGCAGGCAAGCGAGUUGCUCCAGAGCGAGAACCAAGGAGGCUCGCUCUUGAUCAUUGCCGACUCAGCAGAGAUCGACGCAAUGGCAGUUGCCCAAGUCGCGCGAGAUAGUUCAUUGCCGGUCCAAAUCCUUGCCCUCUCCGCUCCAGAUAGCCCCGAGCGUGAGAGCCUCGAAGACGUCGCGAGUGCUCUCAAUGCUUCGAUGCAAACGCUGACAGUAGACGACCAAGACGUAGUCGCACUCGUCGAGUUCGCCGAACGCAGUGCGGGCACCGCCAUGGCGGGGGAAAGCAGCCGAUGGCAAGAAGCCGGGUAUUGGCUCACCCCUGCCAUUGCACUGCUCGUGCUUUUCUCAUUUCGCCGAGAGCAGAUCGUUGCCGCAGAGGAGACACCAUGA